CGCCAGGUGUGUCAAUGGCGGAGGUGAUCUCAUUCAUGACCGUUUCCGAUGUUUUAAAAUUGUUUAUGUAAUUUUAGUUCUGUGAUUUAAUUUGUUUGUUAGUUAAAACAGCUGUUACUGAUUUAUGCUAUUAUUUUGAUCGGAAUUGCUUAAUUCAGAAUACCUGCUUGUAAAUCAAAGGAUCGUACUUGAUAAAUUCAAAAAAUAUAUCAACUUCCGUAUUUUUCUAUUCAAACCAUGACAUGAUGUGUAACUUUUCACCGGGAAUUUAAUACUUGGCUGAACAACGAAUAUAUUUUGGAAAUUUAGAAAUUGGCGCUUAAUAUUAUGGAAAUACAUCAUAUUUUUUGUUUUUAUUUUAUGACCAUUUAUCAGUGAUUUCUUGAUCUGUGGAAUAACACAGGUAACUCAUUGUUUACCUCGCACAGUGUGAACUGUUGAAUUAACCGUUAUUGCCUGAGGAUUACCUUAACAAAGGUCACUAAUUAAUAUCCAACUAUAAAGAAGACAAUGUGUAGAAACACUGUUCUAUACCUGUUGUUUUUAUUUAUAUCACCUGUUACCUGCUAUGAUGUAACAAACAGUAUAGAUUUUGAAGGGAGUGGUUGUAAUACACAGUUAAUGGUAGGAGAUAAUACAAUUGCUGAAGUCAUUGCCACGCCACAAGCUGGUGUCUUACCAGAUUCAUCAAAAUGUGAAGCAAAAUUUCAAGCAAUCCCAGCUGAUAGAAAACUUAAGAUAUACAUACAGGAUUUUUUUAUGGGUCCAGGAGCUUGUGGACAUAAGCUUAAGAUAUAUGAUGGUGUUGAAUUCGUCAGUCAGGACCCAAAGUGGGAGUUCAGUUGUAACACAGAAAUUCAAGAUGUAUACACAUCAUCAACAAAUCAGGUCAUCAUAGCAUUUACCAAGCCUUCAGUAGAUACGUCACAACUAUACAGAUUUAAAAUCCAUCUUACUACAGACAGAGAGGAACCAUACUUAUUCUUUGAAGCUUUAAAUAAACCAGAAAUAGCGUUAAAUUUACCAGACAUCAUCCUACAACACAGGAAGCGCCGAGAAACUGUCAAUCAACCCAGCUAUACUGCCCCGUUAACCGGAGGUGCCGGUGGAGAUGGUGGUGGAGGAGGGAUAACCUCGGGAGCUAUAGCUGGGAUAGCCGUCGGCUGUGUUGUAGGUGUGGUAAUUAUAAUAGCUAUAUGUAUUUACCUUCUAUGGAAAUUUAUGCGACAAGCUGAGGAGAAAAAACGAUAUGUUGCAGAGCCACCGCCUGCUAUAUCAGUUAUAUCUUCAGGAGGAUCUACUGUAAAUGGCAUAUUAAAACAUCCGGGUUCUGGUGGAAGUACAAGAAAGAAGCGUGGAUUUGACAAUGAUGCGUUUUCAGAUACUAGCGAGACUAAAAAUUCAAGGUACAAAGAAAGACCUGUUGAUGAUUACGAUGCAGAAAAGGGGAGAGGGUCAUAUUCACGGAGGGGAGGCCGAGAUAGGACAGAGUAUGACCGUGGCCACCAAAACCCUGGAUUUGACGAUGAUUUUGUCCAUAAUGAUAGAAAAGAUAGGUAUGGUGGUAAUAGACAAUCGUACAAAGAUGCUACUGAAGAAAAAGGGCAUAUCAGUCUAGCUGAUUUAUCAGCCAAUCGCAAUGGUACGAGUAGAGCAGAUGGGGCUUUACCGUUUGUUGGCAGAUCGAGAAGAUACGGCGAUGAAUCGAGAACUGAAAGUAGUUUUAAUACAGAUACUACAACAAACAGGUCAUACUCAGACAGUAGUGCAGACGGGGAUAAUUCUGUAUCAUAUAAUCCUAAAGGAAAAUACAAAAGAAAUGAAAGGGAAGGAAGUAUUCGCAGAAGUCGUAACAGGACUCAUAGCAUGUCCUCAUCUAAGUCCGGAAAUACGCGGCGAAGCCAGCCGAGAUCAUCCAGUGCUGACAGAGCUGCUGAUCAGAAGAGUCAGCAGGGUAGCCAACAUGGUAGCCAGCAUGGCAGUCAACAUGGCAGCCAGCAUGGUCAUGGCCAGCAUAAUCAUCACAGAGGCUCCAGUAGAAGUUCUAGACGAAAGAAACAAGAACAACCCUCUCCUUAUUUACCCAUUUUCGCAGAAACAAAGAAAGCGGCAAAAUCCCAUAGAAAGCACUGAUAAUAUCUAUUUGAUUGAUGUAGCAUUUACUUGGUGAUGUCAUAUCAUUAUGGAUAAUCAUGAUUCAGUGACAAAAUUCAUUGUUAACCAUGAUUUGAUAUUGCGGGUCAAUCAUGAUUUAGCAGCAGUGAUCUGUAAUGCUACUAGAAUUGUGCCUUAGCGUGAUUAAAUACAAUGGGAAAUCAUGAUCAAAAGGAUAUGUGAUAAUAUUGUAAGAAAUCAAAUUUCUCUAUGCAAAAAUAUCAAUUUGAAAGUAACACACAGGUUGAACAAACGUUUUUUUUUUUUUUAUUAUUAAUGAACAUGCAUGACAUAGUAGAAAUUACAUUCCAAAAAUUUUUAUCAAAUUUUUAAUAAUUUACAUCAAUGUGCUACAAUAAUUUUUUUUUAACAUAUGUACAAAUAUUCAUAUUGAUUUAUUUUUAUAUAGAAACUGUUGAUUUAUAUUUAUAUCAUAUUAACCUUCUGUUCUUAAAUGCUUUUAUAUACUCUAUGAACAAGGUUGUGUACAUUUGAUUUAUUUUAUAUUUAAUUACCGGUAUGAAAAUUUACAUCUGUAUAUAAUCUGAUUCCCAGAUAAGAGAAAAGGAGACUUAUACGGAAAAUAUUAUUCAAAUCAGUAUCAGGUUUUGUAGUCGUCGAGGCUUUACACCAAAGGAGAACAUAAAUUCUUUAUGCAGGACUAUUUUAAGGGUUUCUUAAUAGCUAAUUGAACACGUGCGUUAAAUUCAAAAGAUACUGUAUAAAAAUUUAUAAAAAUUUCUCAAAGAAAUUGUUAUCUUAUACAUAUCUGACUAUUAAGAAAGUCACUGAAAGGUAUAUGAUCAUCAAUUGUCAGGAUUACCCUUACAUUUAGAAUUUAAUGGAAGAAUAAUGAUUUUUAAAAAGUUAAUUUUCCUAUUGUAUUGUUCUUUGUUUGAAAAAAAUAAUUUUUGUACAAAAAUAAAUAUUGUUUUUAUAAAACAAUUAACUGUUUAAAGUGCCAAAAAUAAUAUCGUAUAUGAUAACAAAUAGGAUUAGAUAAUUCAUACCUUAAAAGGCUUUAUCAUAUAGAUACCAGUCUCCACUGCACUGACAUCAGGGGACCAGUUGUACCAACUUAUUUGAGACACUAUGAUAACCAUGUUGUGUUCAAAUUCGAACAAAAUUAGAAUACAUUUACAUUAUAGAGUAAGACGAGAUUCCCUACCUUUACUAUAACAAAUUUCCCAGUAGCCUGCGUUAGAAAAAAAGGCAUUUUUUUCACACGUCCAGUUUUGGUUUUGGGGUUUAGGGUACUAUCACUUUCUUCCAAUUAUCUGCAUUUUUCCCCGUUAUGUCAUUAGUUAAUUACAGAUUUUUAUCUUUGGUUUUUGAAUAAAAAAAUCAGAUUAAAUGAAAAUAUAGAAUUACCGAUAUAUUUCCAACCCAUCACAAUAUCAUUUUACCUUAAUCACAAAUAGAGCGUGGGUAUCUCCAAGUCGCCCAAAACAAGCAGUUUAAGCCAGAAAGGAUGGACCAUGGUAAACAGAAAUUACAAAGCAUAGCCAUUAUCCCUUAAGAUAAAAAAGAGAUAAUCUUUGAGUUGUCUACUUACAUAGCAAAGUAAAGUCGGAUAGAGUGGCAUUGACAAGUAAAGGGAAUCACAUUGCACCCAUAUUGUUAUCUUUACCUCAGAGUAUUAAUUCAACCUAGUAUGUUAAAAUUAAGGAAAUCAAAUAUUUCAUAAAAAUAGGAAAUAAAACAUUUUUUACUAUAA